AUGGCAUCGAACCCAAUUGGUAGCUGUUGCUACCAGGGUGUAAAGCACGAAGGCCAGCCUUAUGGGCACGUCGAGACCGUCGGGGAGACCGAGACAUAUAUCGUUGAGCCUAAAUCCUCGAACGGCUUUGGGUUGAUAUUCCUCACCGAUAUCAUCGGCCACAAGUUCGUUAACGCUCAGCUAAUCGCCGACCAGUUCGCCGCCAACGGAUACACGGUUCUCAUUCCGGAUCUCUUCCACGGCGACCCCGUCCCGCUCAACGCCGAUAUGGCGACUUUUAGCCUGCCUGACUGGAUGCAGGGCAAGCUUGGCGCCAAGAAUAUCCCUCAUAUCGCCGAGACGGUCGACCCUGUAGUAGCUGCGUCGCUGAAGUUUCUCAAGGAGAAGUAUAACCCGAAGAAAGUUGCCGCUGUCGGCUACUGCUUCGGCGCCAAGUAUGUGGUGCGGGGCCUCGGCUCUGGCAGCUUCGAUGCCGGCUACAUCGCGCAUCCGGCCAUGGUGAGCAUGGAAGAGCUGGAGGCAAUCAAGGGCCCGCUCUCUAUUGCGGCGGCUGAGGUGGACGAUAUUUUCCCGACUAACCUACGCCACGACUCGGAGGCAGUGCUUCUAAAGACGGGCACACCUUACCAGCUCAAUGUAUACUCUGGAGUCAACCAUGGGUUUGCUGUCCGGUGCGACCUGAGUGACAAGAGGCAGAAGUAUGCUAAGGAGUCGGCCUUUCUGUUGGUACUUCAGUGGUUUAACGAGUAUCUGAAUUAG